UGCGCAGUGUGUGUGUUGUGGCUGCAGACGCGUCCUCUGCGUCAGCGUGACUCGGUUCAGACUCAUUUAAACCCGUUUUAAACCUUUGUCUUUGCUCAGAGGAGAGGUUAAAAGGUCCUGACCCCCGGAGCGCGGCCUGACGCGGGAGCUCCCCGCACACGGACACUUAAUCACGCACCCAACUCACGCACGAGCCUGAACCUUGGAGCGGGAGCUAACAGGCUAACGGCUAACAGUUUUAGCUGAAGUCGACAAAGAGAAACGCCAAGAUGACAAGUGUCUGUGGGUCCAGGUUGGUCUUGUACGUUUCUGGACUCAAGUCUCUUCUUCAUCGAGUGACUUCAGCUCGAACCAUUUCAGCCACAGCCAACACAGUGCAGCGCUCCGUCAGGUCCAGAGACGCUGCCCCUGUCGCUGCUCCUGCCGCUGCUCCUGUCGCUGCCCCUGUCGCUGCCCCCUGCAGGAGCACAGACCCCGUCCUCCUCCUCACCCCCAUGGACCAGCACCUCCACGCCCUGACCACAGCGCCUCCUGGUGACCACAGCACGCCGCGCCAGCUCUGUGCAGAGGAGAGCAGCAGAGGAAGAGAGGAGGACGACAGGUUUUUUGACUCGGUGUCGGUGGAGUGUGCAGUACAACCAUGUCCUCAACGCCUCAUCACAGACGUGCGGUUGAUGUUCCCCGAGGCUCCGCCCGCCGUCGCCGUGACGGUGGUGACGGUGGCGCAGCGCUCGGUGUUGGACAUGACGCGCUGGGACGCUCGGGUGGAGCAGGAGCGAGACGAGCUUCUGUCCAGGUUCAUCACCGGAGCCAAACAGAUCUGCACCGAACUCCACCGCGAGGGACACUGGGCCGACUUCAUCGACCCGUCCUCCGGUCUGCCCUUCUACGGGCCGUACACAAACCUGACCCUGUUUGAGACGGACGAGCGGUACUCUGCGCUCGGGUUCCGUGUGGAGGACCUCGGGUGCUGCCGGGUUCUCCGUCACCCGCUCUGGGGAACCAACGUGUUUGUGGGGACCAUUUUCACCGCCGCGCCGCCUCAGGACAGCCGCGUCAUGAACGUGCUGCAGGGAAGAGAACCCCCGACCUCCCGCGAGUGAACGAGAAGAGAACCCCCGACCUCCCCCGAGUGACCGAGAAGAGAACCCCCCGACCUCCCCGAGUGACCGAGAAGAG